AGUCGCGGCGGAGGAGGCGGUGCUGCCGGCAGGCUGCGCGCCCAUUGGGCAGGCUCGCGGCGAGGGCGGUGCGGCUGCGGGCCCGCCCAAUGGCGAUUGGCUGUGCCGAGGCCCCGCCCCCGGCGCGCUGCCGUCAGUUCCGGCGGGCCGCACCGCCCCGCUCAUUCUCUUUGGUGUUUGCCCUGUGCCGCCCCGCCGGUCCCGCCCGGCCCAUGGACUGAGCGCCCCCCGCCCGCCCCGGCCCGGAGCCGAGCCUAGCGCAGGUCAGCAAUUUGGCUUCCAAAAUUGGAGUUUGUCUGCGUUCAAAGCUGUUUGCCUACAGUAAUCUGCUCUGCUUGGAAUGAACAUGUCUCAAGUUCAGAUUCAGAAUCCUUCUGCUGCCCUUGCAGGGAGCCAAAUACUGAGUAAAAACCCAUCUCUUUCACAGCCUUUGAGUAUUCCUUCUACUACCAGUUCUUUGCCCUCUGAAAAUGCAGGCAGACCUAUCCAGAACUCUGCUUUGCCCUCUGCUUCAGUUACAUCUACCAGUGCAGCUGCAGCUCCUUCAAACAUGGCAAACCCCAAAGAGAAAACCCCCAUGUGUCUUGUGAAUGAAUUAGCCCGUUUCAACAAGAUUCAGCCUGAGUACAAACUUCUGAGUGAGCAAGGUCCAGCUCAUUCCAAGGUGUUUACAGUGCAGCUGACUCUUGGGGACCAGCACUGGGAAGCUGAAGGAACUAGUAUUAAAAAAGCUCAACAUGCAGCAGCUGCCAAAGCUUUGGAAGGGACAAAAUUCCCAAAGCCUACGGCUCGUCCAUCUCGUAGUGAAGGCAAGAAUCCAGACAGUGUGACCCCCACGGUGGAGCUGAACGCGCUGUGCAUGAAGCUGGGCAAGAAACCUCUGUACAAACCCAUCGACCCCUACACGGGGCUGAGAUCCAGCUACAGCUACAGCCUGCGGGGCGGCACCUACCCCCCCCGGUACUUUUACCCUUUUCCUGUUGGGCCUUUACUUUAUCAAGUGGAGCUUUCAAUUGGAGGGCAGCAGUUUCAUGGGAAGGGAAGAACAAGACAAGCUGCUAAGCAUGAUGCAGCUGCUAAAGCUCUGAAAGUUCUGCAGAAUGAGCCCUUGCCUGAGAAACCAGAGGUUAACGGAAAAGAACCAGAUGAUGAAAAUCUCAAUAAAUCUGAAAUAAGCCAAGUUUUUGAGAUUGCACUUAAAAGGAACUUGCCUGUGAAUUUUGAGUUUUUCCCUCUGAAACAGGUGACCAAGGAAAGUGGUCCUCCCCAUAUGAAGAGUUUUGUAACCAAGGUAUCAGUUGGAGAAUUCAUGGGUGAAGGUGAAGGAAAGAGCAAGAAGAUCUCAAAGAAAAAUGCUGCAAUAGCAGUCCUAGAAGAACUGAAAAAAUUGCCACCCCUUCCUACAGUUGAGAAAAUGAAGCCACGAAUCAAAAAGAAAACAAAAUCAAUAGUGAAGCUGCAGACAAGUCCAGAAUAUGGCCAAGGGAUGAAUCCCAUUAGCAGACUUGCCCAGAUCCAGCAGGCCAAGAAGGAGAAGGAGCCCGAGUACCUGCUGGUGACAGAGCGGGGGCUGCCCCGGCGCAGGGAGUUCGUCAUGCAGGUGAAGGUUGGUGUACACACAGCUGAAGGAAUGGGCACGAACAAAAAGGUUGCUAAACGCAAUGCAGCUGAAAAUAUGUUGGAAAUUUUAGGUUUCAAAGUCCCUCAACCUCAGCCUCCAAAACCAGCAUUAAAGACAGAAGAGAAGACCCCAGUGAAGAAACCAGGUGAUGGAAGAAAAGUAACCUUCUUUGAGCCGGGCUCUGAAGAGACUUCAGCCAGUAAUAAAGAAGAUGAGUUUAGGAUGCCUUAUCUCAGCCAUCAGCAGCUUCCUGCAGGAAUUCUUCCCAUGGUCCCUGAGGUUGCCCAGGCUGUAGGAGCCAACCAAGGCCACCACACCAAAGAGUUCAGCAGGGCAGCUGCCAACCCGGCCAAGGCCACGGUGACGGCCAUGAUCGCGCGGGAGCUGCUCUACGGGGGCACCUCUCCCACGGCCGAGACCGUCCUGAAGGGCAGCAGCUCCUCGGGCCCCUUCCCCCCCGGGCCCCUGACCCGGCCCUCCGAGCAGCUGGACUACCUGUCCCACGUGCAGGGCAUCCAGGUUGAAUAUAAAGACUUCCCAAAAAAUAACAAGAACGAGUUUGUAUCUCUUAUAAACUGUUCCUCUCAGCCACCGCUGAUCAGCCAUGGGAUUGGAAAGGAUGUGGAGUCCUGCCACGACAUGGCUGCACUGAAUAUUUUAAAGUUGCUGUCUGAGUUGGACCAACAAACCACAGAGAUGCCAAGGACAGGAAAUGGACCAAUGUCUGUAUGUGUGAAACAAGAAAUGGAAAGUGACCCUCUCCUCAAACCGGCGAGCGCAAACCCUUUGGGACAAACACUGGACAGCACUGCCUGAAACAGGCCCUUGACUGAACCCAAACCUGAAAGCACCAGAGAAAAUCAAAUGCUUCCUCUUAAUGUAACCUAACUGUUGGAGUGCUACAGUCUCUACAACCUACUGUAGUGUCUAAAUCAUAACUGUUGCUUUUUCUUCAAACAGUGAUACAUUUUUAGUUUCAUUAUGUUGUUUUGAUUGAAAUGACACUAUAAAUUUUUCAUUUAAAAGUUUCUUAAUUGUAUCUAGAACUAUAGCACAGUUUAGAAACUUUGUCUUCUGAGACUGACAUGUUACCUGUGAACUAACUUGGGAAGAUCAUAUCCAUGUAUGUGGUUAUUUUGGUUUUAUUGGAAUAGCAGCGUUUCACUGGAAACAGGCUGUGUCCCACCAUUUUAAAAAGCCCCAUAUUUUCGCAAAACAACCCUAAUUAUCCAAUGGUUGAAUGAAUUUAAACACUUUAUGAAUUUUAAACUUGGUUUGAUCAUUUUUGGUUAAUUUCUAGUUUUCUUGAGUGUGGGGUGGGGGAGCUCGAAGCGCCGUGACUUUCAGCGAUCUUGGAGCUGUUUUAGGGACUGUGCUGGUGGCUCACAGCUCACUACAGUACAGGAUAUGAUCUCAAUGUAGUGCAUAUAAAACUGCAGAUUGAUUUUCCUUGAGUGCUUUAUACUGUUUAAUUACAUCUCCAUGUAGGGCUGAAAAAAACGACCUAUGUUUCUAUAUAACUGUGUUGCUUUUGAUGUUGUGUUCCUGCGCACGGGGGUGCGCCGGGGUUUGCAUUGGUCCAGGUACAGCACGAUAGCCGCGCGAGUUCAGUACUGCUUCCGUUCAUUGUUUACGCUGGAACUUUUUCUCCCCAUGGAAUGUAAGUAAAACGUAGUGUUUGUCACCAAUAAAUGGUAAUACUAAA